GAAAGACACUUAAAAGAGAACAUAUUUAAUUUACAAUGAACCUUUCAGCUAUUGUUUUCUGUAUCAGGCUGACCUAACUUCAUUCAUUUCAGUGUUGUUUUAUUAACCUGAUUUCACGUUACAUGUCUUAUAUAUGAGUAUUGGGUCAUAAGAGCUUCAGUAGCUGUUUGGCCAGCCCAGGGCGCCAUGUCUUGGACACGCUCCAUACGGGUUUAGAUGCUUGCACUUUACGGAAUGGCGCUGCUAGCAAAGCACUUCGAUACUCAUUGCGGAAUUCUUAACGGUCUGUAGGUGAGGUAAUCUAUGAAAGUUCUUGAUCAUGACCACCAAGUCGUCUUUGUUAAAGGUGAUUCUGCUGGGGGAUGGUGGUGUGGGAAAGUCCUCCCUCAUGAACCGGUAUGUCUCCAACAAGUUUGAUUCCCAUCUAUUCCACACGAUUGGCGUAGAGUUCUUAAACAAAGAGCUGGAGGUGGAUGGUCACACGGUCACUCUACAAAUCUGGGACACAGCAGGCCAGGAGAGGUUCAGAAGUCUCCGAACGCCUUUUUACCGUGGUUCUGACUGCUGUCUGCUUACGUUUAGUGUGGAUGAUAAUCAAAGUUUCUUGAACCUCAACAACUGGAAGAAAGAGUUUGCAUUCUAUGCAAAUGUCAGGGACCCAGAGAAAUUUCCGCUUGUCGUUCUAGGAAACAAAGUAGAUGUGACAGAGCGUCAGGUGUCAAUGGAAGAUGCUCAAAGGUGGUGUCAAGAGAAUGGUGGAUAUCCAUACUUUGAAACAAGCGCAAAGGAUGCCACGAAUGUCUCAGCUGCAUUUGAGGAAGCAGUUAGACGUGUGCUUUCAUCUGAAGAUCGUGCAGAACACCUGCUGCCCACAGACACUGUUGACUUGUGCAGGAAGCCACGGGCGAAUGGCUCAUGCUGUUGAUGUUGUGUAGUGAUAUGAACACAACUGAAACACUCAUUUGUUAGUGAAAAAAAAAAAGCAAACUCAUAAGUUCUCAACAGCAGAUGCCAGAAAAAGUUAUUGUGUGCAGUGUGCAAAUUUUGGUACAUAAUUUUUGUCAUUGCAGAGUUACAACAUCUCAGACACUUGCUCUGAACAAUGAAAAUGCAAGAGAUCACUGAGAUGCUUUAGUUUUAGCACUCUCACUAGUUUUAAUGUUAACACAGUGGAGAAAUAAAAGUCAGCUGUUACACUCAUGAACACUAGAACAUAUUCAAAUGUGUUUUGUCUCAUUUUCUAAUGUUGUGCUACUUUAAGUGCCUUUAGCACUGGUUUCUUUGUUUGCCUUAUUUAACAACCUUGCAUUAUAAGAUCAUUUUUGGAAUGUCUUUGAGUCAUGAAGUGUGGUUUUGUAGCAUAUUUGUAAAUAUAUUUUGUAUUAAUUACCACUUUAAUUUCAACAGGCUUUGAAUCCCUUAUUGGGGUAACAGUUUAUUUUUUAAAUAUAUAAAAACUGAGUACUGAAUUUAUACCAUUCUAAGACAUUUAAGGGUUAAUUUUAUUUUACAUGGACAUAAUUUCAGUGUCACAAAAUGAUUCUUAUAAUAAUCCUGCAUGCUAAUCUGAAAUUGCUACAUUUGUUUGUAUUAAAUAUUUAAUUGAAAUAUUGCUGAAUUAAAAGAAUUUGAUUAUUAA